CCGUGGGAAUUGUCUCCAGUUCCGUGCUUGAGGGUUCCGUGAUCGGGAAGAUGUGGGUGCCUCUGCUUUUACUCUUCUGUGCUGUGCUCGUGCAACAUUUGUGGGCAAAGAGGGAGCUCUAUCGGCUCACAUGGCAUAUGCCAGGACCCUUUGUGGUGCCCCUCAUAGGGAACUUCCAGACAGCUCUCGGAAUCUCCCAUGAGGGUGUCAUUAAUCUCGUGAAGUACAUCUUUAAGAACUUCAAUUCACCUUCGAGAUGGUGGAUUGGGACGAAAAUGUAUGUGAUGGUGAAGAAACCUGAAGACAUGCAAACUGUUCUCAACUCCCCUCAUUGCCUAAGUCGUGCAGAAGUUUAUGAAUUUCUGAAAUCCUUCGGAGGUGAUGGAUUAGUGGCACUUCCAGAACCUGAAUGGAAAUUUCAUCGAAAGCUCCUAAAUCCAACGUUUAGCCUGAAAAUUCUUCAAACCUAUAUGCCAAUCUUCAACAAAGAAGUAAAAAUUCUGGUCUCACGCUUCGAGGAGAUUUGCAACAGGACCAAACCCACGGAUAUUUAUAAUUAUAUGGACGCCCUGACGCUAGAUGUGGUUUGCCAAACAACGAUGGGGACGGAGAUGCACAUCCAGAAGAACCAGAAUAUUGAAUACUUGGAAGCGGGAAAUAAUUUAUUGUCCAUCAUCUCAGCACGAAUGUUCAAUCCUCUCCUCCAAUGCAACUGGAUCUUUCGUCUAACGAAGCUGUAUAAGGUGGAAAAAUGGAGCUCUGGCAUUACCUUUGGGUUUGUUGAUAAAAUCCUUCAGAAAAAGAAGACAAACUUUGACUACUCAGAUGAGCUGAAGAGCGCAGUUGAUGAUGAUCUACCGCUGAGAACUCCGCAGAUCUACAUAGAUCAGCUCAUGAAGCUCCUCAUGAUUGAAAAGAAGUUUAACGAUCACGAUGUCAUAAGUGAAGCCAAUACAAUCGUUGCCACCGGAUUCGAAAGCACAGCCUUGGUUAGCUCUUACUGCAUCCUUAUGUUGGCUAUGUUCCAAGAACAUCAGCAGAGAAUAUACGAAGAGAUUAAAUCAAUCAUGCCGAAUAGAAAGGAUGAUGUGCAAUACGAUGAUUUUAGCAAAUACGAUUUUCUUGAUAGGUUUGUAUGAAUUUAAAUUUUUUAACAAAAUAAUUUGAAAAAUUCUUUCAAAAAUCCCUUUGUCAAUUAAGCUGAAUUUUCGGGUUUCAAUCAGCAUCAUAUCGAACUCAUUUUAACACUGAAAAAUGUCCGAAAUUACAAUUUUCCGUUUAACUAAAAUUUAAAGCAGAAAAUUAUGCAACCUUCUUAAAAAAAAAAGAUUUUUAAAUUAAUCCAGAUUUUCCCAAGAAUUUUUUGAAAUUUCGUGAAGUCUGGCUUUAAAAUAGUCUAAAAAAGUAAAUUCUAAACCCAACUUCUUGAAAAUUUGUACAAGAAGUUCUAAAGCUCUUCAAGAAAUUAGUUACGUACUUUUUAUGUAAAAUAUCGAACGUACUACAAAGGGCAAAUCCGGGUUAAAAGGAAUAAUACGCAAAACCUUUUAGAUUAGAAAGAAACAUAAAAAUAUUCCGGUUUUAAUUAUUCUGUACAUAUUUUAACCCCUUGAUUUAAAAUACAUUUCCCAUUAUGAUGUAAAUGAGUUCCACAUAAAUCGUAGAAUAACAACAUCGUCAUCAUAACCACAGAAACUUGAGAUAAUCACGAAAACUUAUAGUCUGUGGUACUAAGAAAUAAAUUAAGGAUUUAUGUCUGCAUGAAUGAUAAAUUUUGCUUUUGCCAUUAAAAUUUAAUGAAAUUCAUUGAAUUUGCAAAAUGAAUCGUUAAGCAAUAAGCAUAAACUUAGCUCCAUUUUGCAUUGUUAUUCAUUUGAUUUAAUUAAAUUAUUUUAAAGAGAA